AUGUCGGCUUUCGAUUAUCAUUCCUUUGUCGACUUCAUGCAAGCCGCGGUCUCGGCCGGACUGGCACCGCAGACCAUCGACAAGAUGAGUGAACUGGGGUUUGAGAGCAUACACGACGCAGCGCUCCGCGCGAGCACCGUCGACCACCGACUUGCCGGCGAGAUCGAGGUCAUGCUGGUCAUGUCAGGGUACAAGGACCACAUGGAAGCCAGCCAAGUGAGUGCCCCGCCUCGCGGACCCGCCCCGCGCUUCGACCAACCCACACCGCGGACGUCGGCCGGUGGACUGUUGAGCAAGGCCCUGGCCGCCGCUGACCCGCUCUACGCAGAGGAGGCCCUUCGAGACUUCCGGGACAAUGUCUACGCCCGCUCCGCGCGGGCCCCCAACGAUGCUCGCUGGGUCACUUGGUGCAAGAUCUGCGCGGCGUGGAAAAUCAGCCCGGUGCCGCUGACGACCGACACCAUUGAGAAAGUCGGCACGAGCUUUCGCAGCGGAGGCUAUCGCAGCUCGGCCCAGUACUUCUCCCGGGCUCGCAAAGAACACAUCCAGGUCACGGGCCAGGCGGUGCCGACACCUGUGGAGUUGGCGAUUCGAGACGCCAUCAGAUCCAUCGAGCGUGGCAUGGGCACCGCCGCCCCGAAGGACGCUUUCCGACUUGACGCCCUCGACAUCUGCAUCGACCUGCUCGAGGAGGGGCUACGCUUCCAUCACGCCAUGGUGGUUUUGGGCUCUUGGUUCCUCUGCCGCGAGAUCGAGCUCUCCGCACUUCGCGUCAAACAUAUGACGCUCGAUUCCGAGCCAAAGCAGGUGUGCCUCACCCUCUCCGCCAGCAAGAACGACACUAUCGGGUCCAUGGUGCAACGGAGACACUCUUGCUACUGCGGCACCAUUCCGGAGACGAUCUGCCCCUACCACGCAGCGCUCCGCAUCGCCGACUCGUGUCCCUCCGACCCCGAGGCCUUCAUCUUCGCAGCCGACACGGGAGAGCCGAUGACGAAGGCACAGUCGAUCGAGGCCAUCCAUUCGGUCCUCACCGCGGCCGACGUGCCGCUCACGAGAGCAGGAGCUCCCCUCGAGCCCGAGGUGAAUCGCUUCGGGGGCCACUGCCUUCGAGUUUCAGGCGCUCAACAUUUGUGUCGCAUGAGGAUCCCGGUGAGCACGAUCAUGCUGCUUUGGACGGACACCGAACUGGAGGACGCCUUCUACGGCAUCAACACACUUGGUUUGCCAGUGCCCUCGCACGCUCCAGCCGCCCUCAAGGACAAGGACCAGGACUCACCUCCUUGGACCCUGGUUCAGAACCUGGAGGAACCCGAGACCGCUCCAACGAGUCGCCCGACCAAGAAGGCACGCGCAGCCCAGGCAGACAAAGAGGACAAGGAGGCCGUAGCAGCGAUGAUCGGCUCUGGACAGCAUCGCCGCACGCCUCCAGUCCAUCCAAAAGCGACCGGACCUGGUGUGCAAGCGCAAAGCCCACACCCCGAGGAGUCCUCGCGACCGCCAGCGAAAUGGCGCGCUCGCUGCGGCUGGCCGUACGGCUACUCAAACUUCACCAGGGCACACGACGAUGGCUCACAGAGGGUCGCAAGAAAGCGGCAGGGCAGCCGCCAUCCGACACGGAGUCGACCGAUAGCUACGAUUCCUCUUCUAGCUGAGAUUGUUACCAUGGAUACCGGCCUUCGAGCGAUUCUUUCGGACGCCGGCGCGUCGGAGGACCUCAUCGCCUACGUGGCGACGAAGGGCGUCCUCACGACCGAGAUCUUUGCCGAACUGGGCGAGGACGUCAAGGAGUUCGACCAGGCGAUGGUACAGCCCCUAGCAUCGCCCUUCAAGCUCCAGGAUGGGAGGAUGUUCGAGGUCGCCGACGCCGACAUGCCCGUCGCCCGCGCUCGGCUACGCCACGCAUGGCGAAAAGCCCGUGAGAAAACGACAUCGGCAACUGCGAGCAGCGCUCCGAGCGCGACAACGACCACAGCUACGGCAUCCUCCAAGACCAAGGAGCUACCCCCCGGAUACUGGCAACAACAGAUCCACAAAUAUGAGGCGGUCCUCAUACAUGGAGUCCCUCGCAAGUUUCCCGAGAUGACCCUCUUGGGCGCGGUCGCAAAGCUCCUGAACGACGCCAAGAACCUCGCUCACAACGCCAUUCCCCUCGAGGAGAUCGUUCAGCACCGCCACUUCACCGCGGCACUCCUUCCCAACACCCUCACCUCCGCCAGGAAGCGAGCACGGUCACAGGAACAGGUGACGACCCAGGUCGUGAACGCCGACUUACAGCUCGAGACCGAACCCGAGACGCCCUGGAAGCCCAAGAGCCAGGUCGCCAUCCUGGACUGCCUGGAGGCCGUUCGCGUCGCCCUCAUCUUCAUCGAGUACGCCCCGGAGAGCGACAUCGACGAAUACUUUUCAUGGUGGCAGCGCCUGGUUCGCAGUCGUCCCAACAAGAUCGACCAGCUCAAGAUGCAUUGGGAGAAUACUUCGUGGCGCAUCGCGCUCGCGCUACGCAAGAAGCAGCCCUUCAAGGACAUCUCUCACGAAAUCAUGGCCGACAGUCAGCUCCUACAGGAAGCCAUGAGCACAGAGGUCCAGCCCGAUCGCCCCGCUCGCGCCCCGCGACAGACCGACACGCCUUGGCAAGACACCCCUCGCGGAGGCAGAGGAUGCGGCAAGGGUCGUCAAGGCAAAGGCCAACAACGCUGGUGGGAGCGCACGGAGCACAAGGGCAACGGCAAAGGUGGCGGGAAACAACGCUACCACGCCUUCUUCGACCGCCAGUGGCAGCAAUACCAAGGUCGCGGUCGACAACAGGAUGACGACCGGCAACAUUGGCAGGGAUACGGCCGAGGACGCCAGCAUGAUGACGAUCGACAGCAGUGGCGCACGCACGAUUGGAGAUCUUCCGACAACAACGACACGGUACGGCCCCAACAGGUGACGCUCCGCAGCAAGGCCGAGACCAUCCGCGUCAAGAACGGCGACCGCAAUCCAGACAUCAUCAUGCUCAGCUUUUUCGACGGCCUCGGCACAGCCUGCCUGAUCUGCGACGAGCAUUGCACCAGCAACGGCCUCGAAUGGAAAGGAGCAUCUUGGGAGAUUGACCCCAACCUUAAGAAGUUGCUGCAGGAUCACUUUCCCGACGUCAUCCACCGCGGCGACUUCGAGCAAGAGACGCCCGAGUCCCUGCACGACCUCAUCCAGGAGCUUGACCCCGGAGGCCAGGCGACCGUGAUCAUAGCAGGAGGCCCCCCAUGUCACGAUUUUUCCCGCAUUCGCGCCGAUGCUCCGGGACACCAGGGACCAGAAGGAUCCAAGUUCAUCCGCUUCGCACAGCUCAUCGUGGACCUCGAGAAGAAGUGGCAUCGACCUCGCUCGAUCAUCAUGGUGGAAAACGUUAUACCGCAGAACCGGGCCGACAUGCGCAAGAUUGAGAAGGUUCUCGACGCGCCCGCAGUCGUCCACGACGCGGCGGACUUCGGCACGAUAUCCAGACCGAGAGUUUGGUGGUGCAGGAUACCAUGGCAAGAGAUCGCGCACCGAGCCGACUGCCCCCUUCGCUUGAGGUGGACGACCAUGCAGGGUAUUCCGCGAGUUCACUUCGACCUCGACAAGGACGACCCGCACGCCUUCAAGACCGCAGGACUGUCGCUGCCAAGGUGCUUGGUCGAAGAGGGCAAGCCCCUGCCGUGUCUUACGACACCCUCCGAUGACCCUCAGGGUCGCCCAGCGCCGCGCAGCAGCAAGGGCAAAAUCAGCAGCGAGGCCAACCAACGCUGGCACUCCGACCGACAACGCUUCGCUCCUUGGCAUUACGAGGCGGGGGUGAUGAUGUCGGAUAGCCAGGGACGCUUUGUGAUUCCGCCUCCUGCAGUCAAAGAGCAAUGGCGUCACCUACCGGAAGGAUGGACAAGCAAGCUCUCCGAACACGAACGUCACAAAGCACUUGCCAACGGUUGGCACGCGGGAGCCGCACGCCUCAUUUUCAUCAUGGCCAUGUUCGCCGCCACGCCCGUCGUCGCCGCCAGGGAGCUCAACCCACUUGGAGGUACAGCUUUGGACAUCGCGGCGAACUUGUGGCAGGGACGUCCUCCCCUCCCAGCACGGGUCAACCGGCCUUAUAUGGCUGCGUCGGCUGAAUCGGUGGCUACCUUGGAUGCACCCACGAGGGUCUGGGGUGACUGGAACGAUGAUGAGGAUGCUGAGUACAAGGAGUCCGGGGACGAUGCACUGCACCACCCUGCAGGGGAAUGGGGUGACGAUGAUGGCCAAGCCGAGUCUUGGGUCGCAGACGCUGACCCAGAGAAUCCAUGGUCUACCGGUGAUCAGGAUGACACGUGGGGCGAGGCUUCUGCAGAUUCAGAUCCCAAGAAUCCGUGGCCUGCUGAUGAAGGCUGGGAUAACAAGUGGGUCGAGGAUUUCCCGGACCCCACCAACGACGAGAUCUACGAGAGCUUCAUCGAGACCAUGGGCGUCGACUUGGACGAGGAGGCUCGACUGCACACGCCUAGCUUCCGCACAAACAAUACAAUUGCCGUUGAUUUGGUGCAGGAGCAACCUGAGCAACCCGGCGACGGGCAGAAUGAUGAUUUGGUCAAUCACGACAUGCAGGAGGCCAAGGAGGCGCAUGCCACCGAAUCGAGUGAUCCACAUGCAUAUGUGCAUGCAGGUUAG